AUGGGUCCGUGGCCUAUGCUGGUUUUUCUAGCCGCCGUCCUGCAACCGUCCGCCACAGGGCUGGAAGAUGAUGUGCCAUCAGAUACCAUCUCGAUAAGCAAAUCCAGGAGCAGAUGUACUGAUGACCGGGAAUCUUGGAGGCCAAAUCGAGACAUAACUCUGACCCCCCAGGACCCAAUUCUAGCAUCAGAGUCCAUUUCCUGGGAGAAGACGGGAAGAUUACAGAGCGUUCUGCUCAAAGCCUCACCAGGCUUUUCUGCUUUGUCCACUGCCAGUCCAGAGACGCAGAAUACAAUCGUCCAAAAACACAACUUCAUAAGGCAAAGCGUGUCGCCCACGGCCAGCAAUAUGUUGAUGAUGGAAUGGAAUCCUGAAGCAGCCAGGAAUGCACAGAUAUGGGCAGAAAAGUGCAAGAUGGCCAUCAGCCCCACCAAGGACAGAACCACUGGUGAAACCAUCUGUGGUGAAAAUAUAUUGGAGUCCAACUACACCACUUCCUGGAACGACACCAUCUUCUUCUGGCAGAAAGAGCACCUCAAUUUCAAGUACGGGCUGGGAGUCAUCAAACCGUACAGCGAGAUUGUCAGCUACACUCAGAUGAUUUGGUACAGUUCUUACGAGAUUGGCUGUGGCGUCGCCUACUGUCCUUCAAGUCUGUACAAGUAUUUUUAUGUCUGCCAUUACUGCCCAGCAGGGAACAAGCAGGACAUGUUGGCUUUCCCUUACAAAGCUGGUGCCUCUUGCGCUGACUGCCGGAAAAAUUGCCACAAUGGACUGUGUACAAAUGCUUGCAAACACACUGACAAGUUCUCCAACUGUGGUCCACUAAAAGAAAAACUCACCUGCAACUUCCCCGCAGUCAGAGAAAAUUGUAAAGCUUCUUGCCAAUGCCCUUCUGAUAUAAAAUAGAUGAAGUUCUGAG